GAACACUGCAGUGGAAGGAAAUUUUACAAAGACUUUUCUGAUCAAGCAAUCAAGAUGGGCAAGAUCGUGGCUGCAGUUGCACUGUCUCAUGCUCCAGGCGCCCUUGGAUUUCCAGAGACAGCGAAACCAGAUGCUCGAGCGCGCACCGAAGCUGCUGCAACUCAGCUGGGCCAGUCUUUGUCGCGAGCACAGCCCGAUGUGAUAAUCGCAUUUCUCGACGAUCACUUCGAGAACUUUUACCGCAACCACAUGCCAACGAUAGCAGUCGGCGUUGCUGAACAUCAUGUCGGCCCGGCUGAUCAAUGGAUGGAAGCUCUUCGUUUAUCGGCGAAAACAUAUUUUCCUGGAGCACCAGAUGUUGCAGAGCAUGUUCUCAAGAGCCUCGUAGAGCAAGGGUUUGACGUAUCGCGAACCGGCUCUACCGAGUACGGGAACAAUGUUUUGAUGCCAUGGGUACUCAUGAAGGCAGAUCUGCCAGAUGUUGCCAUCAUCCCAGUGUAUCUCAACGUUUUUACUCCACCAUUGAUGAGAUAUUCGCGGGCGUAUGCUCUUGGAGAAGCUUGUCGUGUCGCGGCCGAAUCUCUGCCCGGCGAUACUCGAGUGGCAUUUAUGGCUACUGGCGGCCUGUCACACUGGCCUCCAUACUGGUCGCCGUAUCAGAACGGUGACCCGCCGCAGGACGAGUUCCUCAAGCUGAUGAAGGAGUACCAGACGGUAGGGAAGAGCGUGUUGAAGCGCGUGCCGGACCUCUUCGUACAAUUCGAUGCGUACGAGGUGGAGAUGGCGGCCAAGAACGAGUAUCCGCUGAACAGCCGGCACCCGCUGGUAAACUUCGAGUGGGACCGGAAGUUCCUGGACAAGCUUUGCAGCGGCGAUGCUCAGUGGUUGAAAGAGCUGACAUAUGAAGAAGUCGAGGAGGAGGCAGGGCAUGGCGGGCAUGAGGUGUUGAACUGGGUGGCCAUGUCGGGAGCCAUGGGCGGCAAAGCGUGCUCGCUUGUCUUGUACGAGCCUGUGAUCGAGUGGAUUUGCGGGAUGGCAUAUGUCGACUACGGGGACGCGUUCGAUGGCGCGGGCACGAAUGGCGUGAUGAAUGGUGCGAAUGGCCACUGAAGCAUUGAGAGACAUGCUGUUGCUGUUUGAUCAAAAUUGCCUUGUUCCUUAGCUAAUUUUAAUCAAAUAGGCUCACCUUU